ACAUGAAAUGAGCACCCUGUAAUAUUCCUGUAGCAGCUUGAGAUUGUCCGCCUGUCAACUGCCUGCAGCGAAUGCACCUAGCAGCCUGAAAUCCUUGGCAAACAAAGCAUUGCCUGCAUGAUUCAGCAAGGAGCUCUAGACCUCACCAGCACUGCAAAGGGACGCCAGCAAAUAUGCAACUGGCUUCUUCUUCUUGUAGCGACAGAUAAUAUCUGCUACGACUUAGACAUCUGAUUAUGAAUCCUCGAAGACACGCUUGUGGCUGCUUGCUGUCUCUUCCAAAUCAAGGCUGGAUAGUCCAAGCCUGGGAAACCGAAAUCCUGAAGGACAGGAGCACCUGCCUCUGAAAAAAAAAGAGGAUGGAGAGAGUAAAAGGUCACCUGGACGACGGGCAAGAGGCCCAAGAGCGCCUUGCUAUGGAUACGGCCAUCAACACGCUCGUUGUUGUCCUCGUGUAUAUUUUGGUCAAGGUGAGCGUGGAUGGGAUCCGUCAGUGGAGGGCCAAGGUGUCUAUUCUAGUGGUGGGCGCCGGACCUGUUGGGUUAACGGCCGCCUUGGUGGCGGUUCGCUCAGGAAAGGUACUUCAUUUGACCAUUUUGGACGAGCGCUCGAGGACUUCCUUGCUCUGCCGGCCGCAGCAGAUCGCCUUGGACCCGAGGAGCGUUGGGUUUCUCCUGGCUUUGGGGGUUGACUUUGACAAUAUGGAAGGGUGUUGGCACAACGAGCACUUCUUCACCAAGAUUGGGGUGUUCCAGGAGCAUCUUCUCAGCAUCCUGGAGCAGCGGAAGCAGACUCUAGAUAUUAGGAUCUUACUGGGAACCAAAUUUACAGAAGAAUAUAUAAGAAAAAUGUCGCAAGGAGUGUGGCCCAAGAUCAUUAUAGUUGCUGACGGAUCUUGCGGAGAGUCCAGUUCACUCUUAGGUGUCAACUCUGAAUAUGUUGUGGAAUCGUGUAAUGCAUAUGGAGCCAAUGCAGCGUUGGAAAGAACAGAUCAGAGGCAGGUACCAACCCCCGAAAUACGAGCUCACAAUCUGUACUUUGAUUUAUCGGCCUAUGGGAUUGAUGUCUCAGGUGGUGGAAAAGACACUUUAUGCAAACCCGGAUUCCACCUUAAAAUCUACGGGACUUUUCGUAACCGAUAUAUGGCUUUAUCGUGUCCGGCUUCAGACACUAAAGUUGUCAGAUUUCUGAGAUAUACUCCUAAUUCUUCAGUCAUGAGAAACAUUUUUCACCAGUCAUUCAACGCUUACAAGACUGAUAUCGAGCGGAGAAUGAGCGACUUAACGCUCCCGCACCUACAGUGUAGUCGCAGGCUAUUUGAAAUUAUGUUGUCCUACAGAAGGGUGACGUCUGCCUUCAUUGAGGGGGACAAUGUGGUGGUCACAUUAGAAGGAGAAGCUGCUCGUGUUCUCAACUUUGAUACAGGUUGUGGUGUCAACCUUGGCCUCCGUGGUCUGGAAUCAUCAGAACAGUUCAUUUAUAAAAUAGCCAUAGCAGUGGACCAGAGCGACAUCUUUGAAGCCUUGACAGCUAAAAUCAAGCACUCCAAACAAGUGGUGGAGGAGUUCAAGCUUCAUGGACUUGUGACUUCAGUAUUUGAAUAAAUGUUAAGACUAUGACUUGCCCAAGACCCAUGCCCAGACUGAAUAGGUCAAAUUACCACUUGGGCAUCAGUUCCUAAUUGAUUACACUACAUUCUUCUGAAGGACAUUGACUUCAACAUAUAAUAAUUCUCUCAAAAUGGUCGAUCUGUGAGAUGUAAAUCUCAAUAAAACAGUCAGUAAUGCCAAUAAAGGGCUAAAGGGGAAUUUGUAUGUUUUUGUUCUGCUGUUUUUGUU